AGCAAAGCACGGACUGGAGCCCCCAGUAGCCGGACCCGGAGUCACGUAAGGGCCGUGUUUUUCGACCGGGUUCAGCUUCUGCGGAGAUACGACGAAGCAUACGGACCAGCGAAACGAGAUCGUUCGACGCGUUUGCCUCGGCUCUUCGAUGCCCUAGUCGCUAACACGCGAUUAAGCCGCGACACCCUCCAAUCGUGUGCACAAGUCGCUUCGAUUCCCGAACGAGGGCGCCAGUCCGUGUCUUCCCGCCGCCCUCUGAGCUCGCAGGGAGCAGUUGGGAAAACAAACAUGUCGAGCGGAUGAGGAUUGGUAGCCGGUUAUAUGUGGAGGUUUUUUAGCGGCAAAACGAGUCGCGUUCGUGUUGUUGUUGUUUUUUUAUAUUGCUGUUCGGCGCUAAUUCAAAGUGCUCCUUCGAGUUUUCGGUGCUUUUGAGUACGCCACAUCUAGGCCGCCGUUGGGAGCGUUCCCCUCCCGAGUAUGUUGCCGCCUUCUAACCUUGUACCGGCGGAGCGCGCAGUCUACCCGCUGCGGGUUCGUGUUUUUCUCGACGUUGUUUUGCCGGUUUGAAUUCGACACUUGAUGGUUUUAUUACAGCGGGGUUUUUCUUCUUCUCGCGGCUCUUGACUUUAGUGAGACACACUAAACAAUUUACAAAAACAAUGCACACGAGGCGUUUGGUGAAGCGGUCCAUCCUCGGCAGCCGCGUUUAUGCGCCGAGCCCGACGGGGGACGGUGCCCCGGUGACCGGAGUGGUGCAGGCUGUCAAGCAGGAGAACAGAGACGUGCACGCCGGAGCCCGCCACAGCGUCUACACCGUGCUCAUGCAGGACGGCAGCCUCAAGGAGUUCUCCGAGGAGGAGAUAGCCGCGGGGAUCAACCACAUUGCAGCCAAAGGACCGCUUAAGUCCAGCUUGAAGCAGAGCUCCUGUAACGGAGCUCUAGAGAGCCACAUGGUGGACGGCUUCUCCCACAGCCCAGAGGCCCCCGACACCCGGUCGGUGUCCCUGCUGGAGCAGAAACGCAAAGUGGUCUCCUCCAGCAUCGAUGUCCCCCAUGCAAGGCGGUCGGAGGAAGAAGUGGACAUGGACAAAGUGACAGCUGCCAUGGUGCUGACCAGUCUCUCCACCAGCCCGCUGGUCAGGAGCCCCCCCGUCCGAGUCAACGAAGGCCUGAGCGGUUCGUGGAAGGACAACGGCUCGGCGUGCCCCUUCACGCCGUCCAGCAACAGCUCUUCGGGCGGCUACUGGAGCUGGUCCGCGCCUAGCGACCACUCCAACCCUUCUACGCCGUCUCCACCGCUAUCCGCCGACAGCUUCAAACCCUUCCGCGUGCCAAGCAUGGGCGGCGUGGGACCCGGCCCCGCGGGGCCGGAGGACCCCAGCCUGGAUGAGCAGGACGGCAGCAGCCUGCUCUUCGACGAGCCCAUCCCUCGCAAGCGCAAGAACUCCAUGAAGGUGAUGUUCAAGUGCCUGUGGAAGAACUGUGGCAAGGUGCUGAGUACCGCAGCUGGUAUCCAGAGACACAUCCGCACCAUCCACCUGGGGCGUAGCUGCGACUCGGACUGCAGCGACGGCGAGGAGGACUUCUACUACUCCGAGAUCAAGCUCAACACGGACUCUGUGGCCGAGGGGCUGAGCAGCCUGUCCCACGUGUCCCCGCCGCCUCCCGCCUCCCCUCACCCGCUUCUCAGCCAGCUGUCGGAGUGCCACAGGCCUCUGGGCCCGUCCGACGCCAAGGAGCCUCACGCCGGCGGCGCCACCCCGCUCAGCCGCUCCGCGCCCAGCGCGCUCUACCUCAUCCACACGGACCACGCCUACCAGGCCACGGCUCCAGUGUCCAUCCCGUCCAGCAGUGACUCGACCGGCUGCGCCUCCACCAGCUUCACCCCCACCAACAGCUCCAGCUUCAGCAUCUCCUGGCAGUCACCACCCGUCACUUUCACCGGGACCACGGUGUCCCCCAGUAAAAGCCAAGGCUUUGGCGAACAGCGCUCCCAGACCAUCGCCGUCCUCUCGUCCCCUCCCAGAGCCUCCAGCGCCCUCAGCAGAAAGGUGCGCGGUGAAGGGAAGAAGUGCCGCAAGGUGUACGGGAUGGAGAACCGCGACAUGUGGUGCACCGCCUGCCGCUGGAAAAAGGCCUGCCAGAGAUUUACCGACUGAACAUCACACACAGCGGCUCAACCCGCGCGCCACACCAACGGCCACUGCUGCCAUCCGCCAGAUAAGAGGGGAGGGGCUUCAUUUUGCAUGCAUUUAGCUUCCCAGCCCUGCUUCGCCAUUUACACUCUUCCCCGUUUUGGGAAACCCCAAUGCAGCUAAAAACAUUUGAAGAAGAAAUUGUUCUUCUGUUUUUUUUUUUUUUGUAAAGCUCUGAUUUUUAAAUGAAAGUCUAGUUGACGAAGGGGUCUGUGAAAAAAGGUCCUUUUUUGUCUGUUUUGUCAACAAAUGAAAAACUCUUUUACCCUGACGACGAAUGGGCCGCUUUGUUGCAGCUUUUUCACGUCACGAAAACCCGGAGGAACAGCCCUCAGUUUUAUUUAUCCAUUGUUUUAUUCCUGGACUUUUUGAGGAGAUCUUUUCCCUCGACAUCACAGCCUCGCCCGGUUCCUCCCUUGUUAUUCACUCCUGACAGCUUUCUGAGGGAAUGUACGGCAGGUUGCCUUGUACACAGAGAGUGAGGAAUGAAGACCCACACGGUGGAUGAUCAAUGCAAAGGAGAUACUAUUUACAGGAGAUGGACCAUGCCAGUGAUUUCCGACAUUCACAAACAUUAAACAAACAACCGCUGGAAUUCCCACACAAUCAAAGUAAAGACUUAAGUUGAUUCAUUUUCUUUUAUCUUUUAUCAGGGAUGUGAAUCUAAAGAAAGCAAAAACCAGCAGCUAAAACCUGGAGUUGUACUGAUUACAGCACCAUCUCAAAAGCUCCUCUCUUUCAUGGCGACUUUGCAACCAAAAACUACUAUAUCUUAUUCUUUAUGCUUUCUUUUUUUAUAGUAAAGGUGUUUACAAUGUUUACCGUUGCUGGUGUGUUUUUUUUUUUUCUUUCUUUUUUUUUUUCCUCCUUUUCCAUCCUUUUGUGUGCAAACCGAGACUGUUUACCUGCCACCCGCUGAAGAAGGUGUGCUGAAAGACCUUCCUGCCAGCCCUGCAAGCGUGAAGUCAGCAGCCUGCAAGGCCACAGAAAGAUAAACACCUUUCACCACACGCAGAGAGACGGACCGCCCUCCUCCUCCUCAUCCUCCUCCUCCUCAACCCUCACACCGCCCCAAAGCGAACCACGUAUGUUUGUGUUUUUUUGUGUGCCCCACUCAAGAGCAUCUCGACGAUCUGUUAACCACGAGGGGAGGGCUGAGAGCCAAAAGUGUGUGUGUGUGUGUGUGUGUGUGUAACGAAGCUUCUUUUUAGUGGAAUCGUUUCCAUGAGCCCUUCUUCAUUUCCAAUUUAACUGGUAAUAAAAGGAAGUGAGAGCUAAAAAUAAAGCAAUUGGCGGACUAAAUAAGCACUUGAUUAGGUCAUUGCUCUGUAGUUUGAGGUGCGCUGCAGAUCUCAUUCACUUAGCAACAUGCAAGAAAAGCUUUGACUAAAACUUACAUAAGAGUCCUUGUGAUCGUCACAUACAGGUCCAGAGUGGCGUUGGUGAAAAUAUCCAACUUGUCAUUUGAAUGUGUGGACUUCUGGCUUUCUUGGCUCAAAGGCAGGGAACAAACAUCACAAGGCCAAAUAGUUUACAGUUUACAGGUGUUCACUCGGUGGAUAAACAAAACUCUUUUCUGUGUCACUUAAAUUACAGAUUGCUGAUAUUGAUAGAAAUGUUCUACAAUUUUUUUUAUUUUUCUACAAAUAGACAUUUUUUCAUUCUGUUUCUGCAUUUAAUCUCUGCAUUAUAUGAUAUUUUCUUGACCACACGCUGACAUCAUUAUUGGCGAUUCUGUCUGACGCACAGGAUCAUUUUACCCCCAAAUUAUUCACAGCCUACACAGCGCAGUACUUCCUCACCUCAUGGGACAGUCGUGUCACUUUUGCGCCGCUGUUUUUCUUUUUUUCUCUGUUCAUGUAUACAUGUAAUUGUAUUUUCUCAAAGCUCUGUGUAUAUUACCAGUUACCUCGGCCAUUUCCAACCAUACGAACCGGACUGGUUUGAGUUUGAGACGGGGCGAGGAAAUAAUCUGCGAUUCAACAUGUCAGGCUUCUGUUUGGAAUUUAGGGAAAGCCUUAAAGUCGCUCAUCGCGCUUCAAUGUAAAUGUCUUUACAUUGCUGUUUAAAUUAGAAAUAUUUAGAGUAUCAGCAAACUGAUUUGUGUUAUGUGGACGUAUUAUUGUUUAAGAAAAGACAAAUCUAUAUAUAUAUAGGGGAAAACCUUUUGGAAUUUAAAUUCAAAGAAAAAAGAUUUGAUUUGGCUCUUUUUUUAUGAAUAUAUAACUAUACUGUUUAUGAAUUUUUGUUUUCAUGUUCUGCUGAAUGUUUUUAUUUUGUUUGUAGCUAACUGUAGGGGAGGGAAGGGGGGGGCAGGCAUAACUCUCACUAGAAGCCACAUUGUUGUCUCUCCGGCCAGUGUGACCCGCCCGCUCCCGCCUGGAGCUCCUCCACGCCGUCCUCCUCGCUCAUUAGAACCGUUCUCUUCCUUCUUCCUUCGUACUCGUCCUGAUUGACAUCUCGGUGCUUCUGCACUCCUGUGCGUCCGCCACGCGCUUCUGUGUAUGAAUGUGAAGGAGCCCCCCGCCCCCCCUAUAAAUGGCCCGUGGCGUUCCCCUGUCAGACCUCCUGACAAACCAACACUUUGGGGCGAGCGGAUGUUGCUGUCGUUGUUUUUUUCCGUGCACUUCCUAGCGCCCUUCCUACAUCACGCUGGUGCUUCAUGUUUGCAAUCGGGAAGCAUCUCCUCCGUCUGGUGUCCAGGAACAAGUCCCUGCUGUAGCUCAGCUCAGAAGCUCCGGCAGGACGGAAAAUAGUGUGCGGCAGCAUCUCCAGGCAGCUCUCUCUCUGUGCUGACUCUUGGUCAGUGUUGUGUCAACCAUAUGGCUAAUAGUACGACUUGGCCAAAAUAAGCUAAUUCAUGUAUUAUUCCAAACCCAAGGAGAUUUGCUGCCAUAUUUCUCACACCCGUCCAGGAGCUGUGGGCCUUGUUCUGUGGGCUGCGUCAGAACAUCUUGGUCCCAUUGAGGGACUCACAAAGACAGCCGGCCAAGGUACUGUCUUGGCCUGGGGUAAAAAUGGUGGUGCUAUAUUCCCGUACAGUGCUGUUUCUCACAUGUUGUCAUCUGAUCACAUUAACCUCCAUUUUGUACACAAUGUUAUGCUGUAGAACAUGAAAAUAAAAAGACCCUGCCUCAAGCCUACCAGGUGUCACGACACGAGUUAGUGAGGGCUCUCUGUCCUGCUUCCGCCUCAGUUCUGAGGGAUGUUUUUGUUUGUUCUCAUUGCCAUCUCCUCAUUUGUUGCUCUUUGUCCUGAAGGUGGGAUCAAAUGCAUCGAUUUGCUUUGUGUUAUACUACAAAAAUAUUGGUACUAAGCAAACAGUUUUACAUUUUCACGUGUAAUCGGUAAAUCGAGUCUUCCUUUUGUUGUGCAACUCAAGAUUUUCAAACUUUCCAACUUGGCAAACUCAAUCUGCAGAUAGAGACCGCUCCAAAAGAGUAGUUAAUUAAGAAGACAUCCCAUUAGUUUUCACAUGUUUUAAGCAUGUUUAACAUGCAAAACUAACUUCUAAGAGCGACUCAAACUCUUCCGUGGUUUAUAUCUCGCUCUCUAAUGCAGAAAAAGUUAUUUCAACAUCCCAGUUAGCAAUUAGCAGUUUAAAAUUCCACAUAACAUAUGUUGAGAUGUUUACGAUAUUGGAUUAUUUAAUUCUGUUGAGAAAAAAGGCGGGGGGGGGGGGGGAUCAUGACUCUUAGAUUCUGACUCCCAAAUUGACACCCGAAAGAUGCCAAACCGGCCAUAUGGCAUCUCGCUCCUGAUCCGAUCAUGUGACUUAUUCAUGUUUCAAGCCGAAAUGAGCUCUCAGCCCUGCGACCCGGGGGAAGGAGGCCGUUACAGACACGUGUUCGCGCAGCAGAAUUAAAAAGCUCUCCGUCGGGCGAGACGCAGGAGGAGGUCUUGAGUGACAUGAAUACUUGAGAGGACUGCUCGGGCCUUUGUUCUCUGAUGUGUUUAAGGGCUGAGUUCUCAGCCGUGAUUUAGAAACUCAACAAGACAACAUGGCGUGAUUUGAGUUACGAGGAAGCCUCAAUAUUUACGGCCUCUCACACACACACACGUACACACAGUUUGUCACGUAAUUGCCCAGUGCAGCUCCCAAGCAGUGACGGCUUUAACAGCAGUUCAUAUGUUGACAGAUUUAUUUGUAUUUGUGGUUUAUGUACCUGAUCCUCACUGAGAAUAAUAUUUCAUAACAGACACGUUUGUGACGAGAGGCUCACACCUUAUAUCACAUGUGUGCUACAAUACACACAGAUUAAGCUGCAGUACAGUAUCUUUAAGAUAGAUUAUCAGUGUAAAACUCAUUAUUUCAUUUGCACCAUCAUUCUCAGACGUUGUUCCUCUGCGCUGUGGUUGCAGAUCAAACAUGUGAGCAGAUGUGAUCUGCACACGAGCCCUCCUGUGUUCUGCAGAAAUACUUGUGACCCCUUAACAAUAGUGCGACAGCAGGCGGCCCUCUGUGGAGUCAGACGUCAUGUGAAAGUGACUGCAAAUAUAAUAAUACAUCUCGUUUUACAUUGUGCUUGGAAACAAACAUGGACUGUGAGCAAUGAACACCAGAGUUGUCGAGUGUGACCUUGCGUGACCCUAAGAAUACACAGAGUAGCAGAGUAUCUUGUAAGUGUACCGAUCCCACCGACCCUGGUUUCCGUGGCAACCAUGCUGUUGCGGAUGCUCCUAUGCAGAGCCGCGGCCGGGGCGGAGGUGGUGUCGUCGUCGUCAAUAAAAAGAGGAGGUACCCUCCAUCCUUCAUUCGUUCAUUAAGGAGAGGAGGAGGAAGAGGAGGAGGGUUGAUGAAAUGGCUUUUGCAAACACUCCAGAGGCAGAUGGGGGAGGGGGACUUCCCUACCAGACACUAUGAUUUGUUUCUCUUUGAGCUGCUUUGCCCCCCUCUCCCCCCGGUAGCGUAAUCUUUGUGGGACCAAAAGGAGUCCUGAAUGUGCCUUGAUGAGUGUGGAGCUCCCACAGUGGACCUCAGUUGAGACCCGAGUUCUGUUGCUGUGACACGCAGAGGCCACAGUGGAACGUCUCUGGGGCCGGCCGGUAUGAGACAGUGGACUGUCUCUGGGACCGGCCAGCAUGAGACAGUGGACUGGCUCUGGGGCCGGCCGGUAUGAGACAGUGGACUGUCUCUGGGGCCGGCCAGUAUGAGACGGUGGAAUUUGUGAUACAAAGAAAUGUCCCGCGAGCUCCGUUCAGAGGCCCCUUUGGCCGCGGUUCUAGAAAGAUGUUGCAACGUCUAAGAGAGACUUUUCUACUCUCUGCUUUUCAAUGUGCGUAUGGUAUUUGUUGUCUAUUUGUUGUCUCUUUUGUUUUCCCAAACAAGGCUCUGCUCUCUCUUUUGUUCGGGGGCGUGUAGAUAAAUGUGUGUGGAUGUGAAGAAUCACUGUUUCAGGAAUGAAGGAAGCCUCGUGCAGCAAACAGCACGGCAAACAUUCCCUGAGAUUAUUCUCUUUUGUUGGAGCUGCUCAGUGAGCAGAUAGAGAGAUGAAAACCUCACCUGCAACACUCCUGUGAUUGGAUGUGACUAUUCAGAACACAGCUCCUUCACUUUAAACCCGAUUAUGCAACACAGAGACCCGCCCUCUUUGUAAACCGGACUCUCAUUGGCUGUUUUACCUAAUUACAAUCACGGAGACCUCAAGAACUGUUGGACUGGGAUUUUACACUCUUUUUUCAAACAUUGUGUAUACUAUGUGCUCUGGUCUAACUGGGUUUCUAAUACUGCAUGUGCAUGCAAACAAGGAAACUGAGAUACUUUCUCUAAACGUGAUCUUUUUGUGCUUUGGCGUACAUGACGGGUUACGAGCAGCCUCCGUAUUGUUCUAGUUUUAUCUCAGCUUCCCACCAUGAAAACACAGAGACACAGCAUACAACAAUAAAUGUUUUUCUCACCUUUUCAAUUACGUACACAUUUGUCAAAAGUACCGGUGAUUCGCUGCCGGCACGCUCCGAUCUCCCCCCCCCCCCUGUCUGAGGCCCGGGGGAGUCUAGCAGGAUGCCUGUGGGAGACGGAUCCCUGUGAUGGGGGGGGUGGGUAGUGCCGCCUGCAGUUAUGAAAAGGUCUCAAGUGUGAGCUCUAAGUUGUUCUUCCUCCAACUGCAACCCAGAACCUCAGAGGAGAAGUACCUGACCCGAGUACAAGGAGGUAACUACAAGCACCGCAGGUGUUCACGCCUGCAUGCGGCUGCUCUCCACCCUGACGUGGCCGCAACAGUUUUAUAUCUUUUUAAAGCCUCUAAAUGUACAUGUUUUGACAUUUGUUUCCAGACUGUAAACUUAGUCAUAGAGUAGUUUGACAUUUGGGGAAAUAUGCUGAUUAGCUUUCGUUCCUCUGAUGUUUUUUUAUGCAGCGUUCAGUCAGUGCAGAGGACGCACGCUGGCACUUUGAUGCACCAGUGAUCUCCCUACAUUCAGUCAUCUCCAAUCGGUACCAUUACUCUCAAAUAUCUGAGGGGAAGAAGGGGGGGGGGGGACACGUUGUAAGAGAAAGUUUUGUUUUGCAGAAGGUUGAGGAAUUAUUUACAGUACCGGAGUGCUCUGACAUCUGGGAAUACAUUCAUCAUUCUGUGCUUAAAGGUAGGGGAUGCCUGAUGUUUGGAGAUGGGCACCUUUCCUCUUCUCGAGCAACUGCAACAUUUAUGUCAGCCUGCAUCAUUCAUCAAGCAGAAUUCAUAAAGCCUGCGUUUGAAUAUGCAGCUAAAUAUCUCGGCCGCAAACGUUUGUCGCCUGUGUUUUAUUUUUCAUAAAAACCUUCUGGCAAAGACUUCGUGCCACACAACCUGGGCCUCUGCGUGCACACGCGCACACAAUGUGAGUGAAAGAGCUGCGAAAGCCAACUGUGUUGGAUCAUGUCAUCGGGGACUCAACAUAUGUCCCCGUGGCUCCAGGUCUCAUCCUGUGAUGAUGUGAGAGAGACAGAGAGAGAGAAAGCCGGUUGCAUCCCUCCAGGGCGGCUGGUCCAAAACACACAGCUCUGCCAAGGACUUGAUAGCAACAAAUGCGUGUGUGUGUCUAUGUGUGUGUGUGUGUGUGUGUAGGUGCAGCUUGAGACGAUGGAGUGUGUGUUUCACAUAACCACCUGAGGUAUCACCCAUCUGCUCGAUGUAGCAUUAAAGUGUGUGAGGAAAGUGUGGGUGUGAAAGCUCACCUUGCAUUUGUGUGUUUUGUAUGUGUGUGUGUGUGUGUGUGUGUGUGCACAUCUACUCGCUGAUCAAGCCAUUCCUGCAGCCAUUAAUGCACAUUUAAAUGUACCUCACGCACUAUCAACUAGUGCAUUAUCAUAGAAUAAUGAUAAUUCCCGUGCUGCUUCUCACACCGGAGUUCAUUGUCCUCCAUUGUCUUCGACGCGGGCGUCUUGCAGAGCGUCGCCGCCCAUCACAUGGUCAGAAGGAGCCCACGGAUGGUGAUGCAAAACACAAGUGGAUGUUACAUCAGACGCUGUGGCUGUAGAGCUGCUUUUCCAGAACAUGUUGACUGUCUCGGAGAAGCACGGGGAGCUGUUUACGUGUGCGCCUUUGGGUCCGACUCAUUGAAUUAUUGAUGAGGGUGGUGAAAAGGCGCCCGUGUGCACAGGCUCCAGCUGUGACCUCCGUUGAUUAGAAUCGUUGGCGACCAUGAAAUCGGUAGCUUCCCUUCGCUGCGAGGGGUUCAAAGUGUGGGGGGGGGGGGGGGACAUAUGUAUCCGUGUAAAAGAAGCAAUAUUGAUUUAAUUUUCUUCUGAAAACUCGAGAUUAAGAGAGAUUUCUGUUGCUGGGACAGGAGGGAUCACAACUGAAUCCUCUCCCACCCAGAAGUCACUAAGGUCAUUGUACUACCGAGAGGAACAAACAGGAACGUACUGCAUGAGCCUGGCUAUGUGUAGGUAUUUUGGUAUUUUUGGAUGAACCUGCAAAACUCGCGCUUUGUAAAGAGAUUAAACUUUAAAUUAAUAGUUUUAAAUUUAGGGUAAUCCAGUCAUUCAAGGUAAUUGAAAAAAUCAGCAUAUUUGUCUCGCUGAGUCAGUUGUGAAGAUCGAUGCCACGCUCAUGUCUGAAUGCUGAAGACAAAGCCGCACCUUCUGUUUGCAUACAGAGCGGUAACCGGGGGAAACGGACAGCCUUUCAACUGGACAAUGCUUUCGAUCGAUUGUCUUUAGUCAAAGUGGCAUAAAUCCUCUCAUAUAACUAUAAAUACCCCCCCGAACACCUAGAACUCCUUUACAUCAACGUGUGUCUGUACUGGGUUACUAAACUUACACACAAACUAAGCCAUGUUUGAACUGAAUGUUCUCUCUCUGCACAUUUAAAACAAAGCCUGCUUCAUCAUAUAACAAACAAGAGAUUCUUUAUUGUCAAUAAACUUCACAAAGUACUUGCAAUAUCUGUCACAAAUAUACUUGCAACAAUGAUGUUUUCUUAUAUUCUUUUCUACAGUAUGAUGUAAUAAAUUCUAUAUCAUGUUUUUCAUUAAUAAGAACCAACACACACUGACUGUUAACCCUGUACCAGUUUCUUUCUUAGCCGAUCUGUGUGUGUGUGCAGAAACUGCCAGUGUUAUUGUUGUAAAUGGUGUUAUCUGACAAAUUGCUUUCUGGUGCUGUUGUUGUUUGACUCUGUGUUUACAGUUAAGACUUCUCGAGACUUUGUAACCCGACGAAUCUGAAGACAUCUGGUUAGAACCGAAUAAAGAUUUUUUGGCAGCUC